UUUUCGUGACAUUUCUUUCUAAAUCAGAAUCACACACACACACACACACACACAGUAGAGGACGAAACCCUAAAGAAAUCGGCGGAAAAUGGACGGUUACGAGAAGCUUGAGAAAGUCGGAGAAGGGACUUACGGGAAAGUUUACCGGGCAAAAGAGAAGGCCACCGGCAACAUCGUUGCCCUGAAAAAGACCCGGCUUCACGAGGAUGAAGAAGGGGUUCCGCCCACCACACUUCGCGAAGUUUCCAUCCUCCGGAUGCUCUCCAGAGGUCCCCAUGUCGUCAGGCUGUUGGAUGUGAAACAAGGCCUGAGUAAGGAAGGAAAAACUGUUCUGUACUUGGUGUUUGAGUACAUGAACACUGACCUCAAGAAAUUUAUCCGAAGUUACCGUCAGAUGGGAGAUAUUCCUCCACAAACAGUCAAGAGCUUGAUGUAUCAACUCUGUAAGGGAGUUGCUUUCUGCCAUGGGCACGGCGUUUUGCAUAGGGAUUUGAAGCCUCACAAUCUCUUGAUGGAUCGCAAGACAAAUACGCUUAAAAUUGCAGAUCUCGGUCUUGCCAGAAGUUAUACUGUGCCUAUCAAGAAGUAUACUCAUGAGAUAUUAACUCUCUGGUACAGAGCUCCAGAAGUGCUCUUGGGUUCUACUCACUAUUCCACAGCUGUGGACAUGUGGUCUGUGGCUUGCAUAUUUGCUGAACUCGUCACGAAGCAAGCCCUUUUCAUGGGUGAUUCCGAGCUUCAACAACUGCUGCACAUCUUCAGGUUUUGGCUUCAAUCAUUACUGUCACUUCAGUUUUCAUCCAUUGCUAUUGAGUUGGAAAGAUUGUUAGUUAUAAUCAUUCUUGGUGAUUUAGGUUAUUGGGAACUCCCAAUGAAGAUGUGUGGCCUGGAUUGAGCAAAUUACCAAACUGGCAUGAGUUUCCUCAAUGGAGCCCUCAGCCACUCAAAUCAGCUGUCCCUAAUCUGGAUGACAAAGGGCUGCACCUUUUAGCUGUAAGUUUUGAGACAUUUUCAUUUCUCUUCAUUAGUCCCUCGCAGGAACAUCAAACACCUAAAUCUAGUAUUCAAUAAUAAAUUGGGUGAACUUGGUUUCAUCUUGGGCAGGAGAUGUUACACUAUGAACCAUCCAAAAGGAUCUCAGCAAAGAAGGCAAUGGAACAUCCAUAUUUCGAUGAUCUUGACAAGUCUCUCCUCUGAACAACUCUUGCUAGUUUGCUGAGAAAUCUCCAAAACCUGUGGAUUUAGUUGCUCUUUAGGAUGUUUCAGCUGCUUGUCUCGAGCAUAUAUGGAUGUUGAUGAUAUUUGCUAAUUUUUCCAACUUUGAAAUGCUAACUAUGGUAGUACUACUAUUAUAUGUACUAGAAGCUGCAUCUCAUGUUUACCUCUUGGUGUUUCCUACUUAAUUUCACUACUGCUGUGUGCUUUCAUGGGUGUUUUUCUCACCAGAAAUUCUUGAAGCUAUUUGUAUCUUAUGCAAUACUGCUUCUGGCUCUGUCCAGAGAAAAUAGUUAUCAGACAGGGGAGUUAUAUGUUGUAUCGAAAUGCCUUGAUUCCCCUUCCCAGCAAAAAGAAGGCACAUUAAUGAAGUUGCCUAAAAUCACACACACGGAAUGCCUUACUGAUGGGCAAUCCGCGUUGUAAAUGAAUUGAAAAUUUAACGUGAAGUGAAAUGAAACUGGCAAAAUGUCCCCUUUCAGUUGUCCGGCCCAAUGAUAGAAACUUGGUUUAGAGGUAUGUGGACCAAGCUAAUCCAUUGCGCAUACAUCUAUUGAUAGCAUGUGUUACUGAACCUUAGCAUCCUAAAAUGUUCAUUUGAGGCUUUAAUUUCUGAGUUGAAAAUAGACAGCGUUGAAUACUUGAAAACAUUAUGUUCGAAAA